AUGUACGACUAUCCAGACCAAAGGUGUUCCUUAGGCUCAGAUGACGAGGACCUCUCCAUCCGGCCUGGGAACCCGUCAAAUAUAUAUUAUCGAUGGCCAGAAACUAUUAAUAUUGGUGACACAGUUGGUAGCCAGCCAAAGCGCGCAAGCCACAGCCUAUGGAACAGCACUAUCCUUACUACGGCCACACGGAACAUGUCGCAGCGGUUACGAGAUAACCCCCGUAAGCGGAGGCUAAUGAUGCCGUUUUCUGGCGACACAUCGAUCGUGAUGGGCAUCAAAGAGCUCGAUAAAAGGUUCCCUGCAGCGUCUCACGGCGUCGCCAAAACACAGGAGAGUCUGAAAGCCUACGGGAAGGCUGGGAGAGAGUGGCCAUCCAGGGGCUUGCCAGUGCAGCCAAUCAUCCCUUGGGCUGCCCCUGGGAUGCGCCGUGGAUCGGGGGUUCCCCAGGUGACAAGAGAUCAAUCAGAGGGCGACGCCACGAUGACCAAGAAGAUCCCCUCUGUCGGCUCCUUCGGCUCUUCCAGCGAAUACCUGUCCCAGUCCCAGUCCAACCUCCAGUAUCGCCCACGAACCCAAGGUGAUAGCAUUCACUAUAAUGGCUUCGAUCCAGCAGCCUAUACUAAGCCCUUCUGCGAGUUCAUGACCGCAAACCCAACCAUCUUCCAUGCCGUCGCUGCGUUUGCUAAAAAGCUCGAGUCCAAUGGCUACACCAAACUCACCGAGCGUGAGACGUGGUGUUCCAAGCUCAAACGUGGGAACAAGUACUACGUUGUCCGCAAUGACAGUGCCAUAAUCUCCUUUGCUAUCGGCAAGGAAUACCAGCCUGGCAAUGGCAUGGGAAUAGUCGCUGGUCAUGUCGACGCUUUGUGCACGAAGCUCAAGCCAAUCCCAAAACUGCCCAACAAGGCUGGCUACGUCCAACUUGGGGUUGCGCCCUAUGCCGGUGCUAUGAACUCUACCUGGUGGGAUCGUGAUCUGGGUAUCGGUGGCCGGGUUUUGGUUCGUGAUCCUAGAACCGGCGUCGUUGAGAAGAAAUUGGUCAAGUUGGAUUGGCCGAUUGCUCGAAUUCCUACUCUUGCUCCUCAUUUUGGCUCUGCAGCCGUCGGUCCUUUCAACCAGGAGACCCAAAUGACCCCAAUUAUCGGAGUCGAUAACUCAGACCUCUUCAAGGGCUCUAAGCAAUCGACCGUGCAAACAGAUGAGGAAGCCCUAGGCACAGACAACUUUGUGUCUACUCAACCUGAGGACCUUGUCAAGGUCAUUGCCAGCGAACUUAACAUCGAUGACCCCAGCACCAUUGUCAACUGGGAACUUGAGCUAUUCGAUAUCCAGGCUGCACAGCUUGGUGGGCUGCACAAGGACCUUAUCUUUGCUGGCCGCAUCGAUGACAAGCUAUGCUGCUACGCUGCUCAUGAAGCACUCCUCGCCUCCCCCGACAAUGCCUCCCCCGGUAUCGUCAAGAUGGUCGGAAUGUUCGAUGACGAGGAAAUCGGCAGUUUACUCCGAGGAGGAGCGAACUCCAACUUUAUGAGCAGCGUCAUGGAGCGAAUCACUGAAGCCUUCUCUUCCAACUAUGGACCAAAUAUCCUCUCUCAGACUGUUGCAAACAGUUUCUUUGUCUCAUCUGAUGUCACUCAUGCCGUGAACCCCAACUUUCUCAACGCUUACCUUGAGAAUCAUUCACCACGUCUAAACUACGGUAUUGCCGUUUCUGCCGAUCCAAACGGCCAUAUGACUACCGAAGGCGUCAGCACUGCGCUCUUCCAGCGUCUUGCCGAUAAGGCCGGAUGCAAGCUUCAGGUGUUCCAGAUUAGAAACGAUAGUCGAAGUGGUGGUACCAUCGGCCCAAUGACGAGUGCUCGAAUUGGUAUGCGAGCUAUCGAUGUUGGAAUCCCGCAGUUGAGCAUGCACAGCAUCAGGGCCACGACCGGUAGCCUUGAUCCCGGUCUCGGCGUACAAAUGUUCAAGGGUUUCUUCGACUACUUCCAAGAUGUUGACAAGGAAUUUAAGAGCUUCUAA